UCAAGUCCCUGCAGAAAACGAAUCGUAUCAAUCGACUUUUCAAGUAUUGUUUAAAUUUACAUAUAUGUGUACAAGAUAGCAGUACAUGCAGCAAUUCUCUGAAACACUUGAGUGAUAUGAAUAAAGAUCUACACAACAACAUGGAUCCAAUACCAGAGCUUAAAACCACAGCCUUUUUAAAUAAAUUGCAACCACCGAGUACAGUUCUAAAACCUGUUAUUCCUUCUGGAACUACCUUCACAGGAUCAUGGAGGAAUGUAAAUACCAAGUGCCAAUUUGAAAGAGUAGACCCUUUUGUGGAAAGGUCAAGUGAUGAAAUCAUGGAAAUUGCAAUACCAACUUUUACAGAAUGGAAAGAAACAGAAGAGAGAGCAAAUAUAAUGCAUGAUUCCACAGACAUGCCAGAUACCACUUUUAAACGUGGUAGUGUUAAUUUUUUUUACCACACUCAAGAAUAUCUGCCCCCCAAAAAUGCCAUUUUCAACUUAAAUUGUAAAUAUUGUGAUAAAAAAUUUGCAACUAUUUGGAAUUUAGAAGAUCAUCUGCAGCAAUUACAUACAAACCAUCAUCUAUUACGUUGUCGUUUUUGUGAUAAAACUUUUUGUACAACAGGUAGAUUAUACGAACAUGUCAUAUAUCAUCACAAUAAAGGUCAAUUUAUAAAAGAUCAACUUUUGAUGGGAGUACCACAAAAAAGAAGCAAUCAAAUUUCAAAGUAUAUAGGACAGAGAGAUGAGCUUACUUGGCAUAUGAAUUAUUUAAAGCGUCGCAUUUUGACAAAGAAGUCCAUGUUAGAGAUUCAGUUGCUGAAUGAUAUAAAGUCAGAAAUUAUUUUGGAAAAAAGUAAACUGAAGGGGUCCAAUGGGCAAGAAGUUAUUGUAAUGGGUCCACCCAUAGUUCCUUUGCUGUUACAACAAUUGAAACAAAAACUGACUCCUUUAUACAAUGUAGAUUCAAAAAGGAAGAGGAAAUCAAAAACCAGGGCUGAAAUAGAGAUUGUUGAAGAUGAAAAUAACUCCCAGGAACAAACAGAUGUUUUCAAUGAUACAAAUCCUUCUAAAGAAAAAAAUUUACAAGGAAAUGAUGAAGAAGUUAUUGUGAAGAUGGAAGUUGAUGACCCAAAAAUGCUUCAGGGUCAAUGUGUUAUAUUGAAUGGAGAGAAAUUUAUAAUUAAACAAGAGGAUAAUGUUGAGGGUUCAUAUUGUCUCAAUAAACUUGACAUACAUGUAUUAAACUCUCCAAUAAACAACACAAUAGAUGAGUCUGAGGCAAUUUCUAAAGAUUACGAAUGUUAUGAAGGACAAAUUUUCAUCAAAAGAGAAACAGAAGAUGAAGACAAUAAUUUUUCAUACAAAACUGGAAAGGAACAAGUAAACAAUUCCAAUAUUGAUGAGUCCCAGCAAAUCUCUCAAUGUCAUGGGAAUGAAAUUCUCAUCAAGAAAGAAAUUGAAGAUGAAAAUUUAAUUUUUUCUCACACAAAUGUAGAGGAGCAAGUUAAUAUAAACAAUAUUGAUGAUUCUCAGGGAAUGGUUGAAUGUCAUGGAAACGAAAUUAUCAUCAAGGAAGAGGUUGAGGAUGAAGACUUUAAGUUAUCUCACUCAAAUGGAGAGGAACAAGUUAACAUGAAUAAUGGUGAUGACUCUCAGGGAAUGGUUGAAUGUCUUGGAAACGAAAUUAUCAUCAAGGAAGAGGUCGAGUAUGAACAUUUUGAGUUUUAAUACAUUACUGGAGAGAAAAGAUUAAGUAUUCCAGAUAGUAAUAGUUCCAAUGGAAUUUCCGAAAGUGACAGGGGGAAAAAGUUCAUCAAAGUAGAAAUAGAGGAUGAACACUCGAAAUUUUCAUACAAAACUGGAGAGAACAAGUAAACAAUGCCAAUAUUGAUGAUUCUUAGAGAAUGUCUGAAUGUUAUAGAGUGAAAUUAUCAUCAAGAACGAAGUGGUGGAUGAAGACUAGAUCUUCUAAAACAUUUGUCCAGAGACAAGUCAAGUAACACCAUUUUUAUUGAAAAAGUUAAUGAACAAGAAGGUUGCUCAUCUACUUGAUUGGUAAUAAAUUGCACUGUUUUAUUAUUUUAAAACAGACAACAAAAAUGAAUUAGCAAUUGUCAAAAUGAGCUGACAUUGCAAAAAAAUGCAGAUCAGCUGAGUGUGUUGAUAAGAUUGGAGAUUUAUUGUAAGUCCAAAUUUGACAGAUGAUGUGUUAUUAAAGUAAGUACAGACAGUGAUUGAAGUAUUAAAUGAAGAAAAAAGAUAGCAUAGCAAUUUGUUUGGUAAAAAGAGAUAAUGAGAUUGCAUUAAAAGUUAAUUUAU